UCGGCCUGCAAUCAGUAUUUGUUGAAUGAACGAACAAACCAGACUGGAGAGGCGGCUUCAAGCUUCCUCCAGGAAGCAGUUUCUGCCGGGCGGAGUUGUCCAGCUAUGAACAUCUCUGCCUUGUAGAGAGAGAGGGCUCCUCACCACAGGCUGGACUCCAACUGUUGGCGGUGUCACGAGGAGGAUUUGAAACCAGACAGCAGUUGGUGGCUCCCUGAGCAAGGGGUCGGACAGCCCUGAGCAGUGAAGGGAAUGCAGGGCCCUGGAGCUGGAGCAGAGGGCCCUGGGAAGCCUGGCCGGGGAAACAACAGCUGGACUAAUUUCCGCCUUGUGGGGGUGAGUUAUCUCCUUGUGAAAUCAAGUUGGAGAAACAAAAAGGUUUCACCAGUGAGACACAUGUUGCCUCGUUCAUGGAGACCCAGGAGAAGGAAUGGACCAGUUCCCCUCCCUGUCUCCGCCCCCGGCUCAGCCCCAGCGGCCUCCCUGGGUUGCUGUGAUCCCGGACCUGCGUGCUGGAGCACUGCGGGGCACCAGGGUGCGGGAGCCUGGGGAGGACCUGAAGGCCGUGGCUGUUUCCUUCUUGUGGGGGGAGGUCAGAGGAAAAGGGCUGGAAAAUGUCGUCCCAGGCAGCCGGGAACCACACCUCCUCUGGGGCCACAGACGACGACUCCUACGGCAGCUGGUACAUCGAUGAGCCCCAGGGCAGCCAGGAGCUCCGGCCGGAGGGAGUAGAGCCCUCCUGCCACCCCAGUGUGCCGCCCGGCCUCCUCCACACCUGCCUGGCUGUGUUGUCGAUCCUUGUUCUGCUGCUCCUGGCCCUGCUAGUGCGGCGCCGCCAGCUCUGGCCCCACUGCGGGCGAGGCAGGCCUGGACUGCCCAGCCCCGUGGAGUUCUCAGCUGGGGACAGACCGUGGAUGGUGCCCGCCGCUGUCUUCACAGUCCUCUUCAGCUCCCUGUGUUUGCUGCUCUCUGCCGGGGACCCCCUGCCCUUCCUGACUCUGGCCUCACCGUCCAGCCACGAUGGGGAAACUGAGACUCCAAGAGGGCCCUGGAAGAUGCUGGCCCUGCUCUAUUACCCUGCCCUCUACUACCCGGUGGCUGCCUGUGCCACGGUCAGGCAUGGAGCCGCACACCUGCUUGGCAGUGCGCUGUCCUGGGCUCACUUUGGGGUUCAGGUCUGGCAGAGGGCAGAGUGUCCCCAGGCGCCCAAGAUCUACAAGUACUACUCCCUGUUGGCCUCCCUGCCUCUCCUUCUGGGUCUUGGAUUCCUGAGCCUUUGGUACCCGGUGCAGCUGGUGAGAAGCUUCAGCCGCGGGACAAGAGCAGGCUCUGAGGGGCUGCAGAGCAGCUACUCUGAGGAAUAUCUGAGGACCCUCCUUUGCCGGAAGAAGCUGGAAAGCAGCUCCCAUGCCUCCAAGCACGGCUUCCUAUUCCGGGCCUGGAUCUGCUUCAGACACUCCAUCUACACUCCACAGCCAGGUAUGGGGUGGGGAGCUGAGGUCAAAGUGACAGGUGACCUCACCCCCCUCGGACAGAACAGCUGCAGUGGAAGGAUUCCGACUCCCUCUGAAGCUGAUGCUCUCAACCACCCUGACGGGGGCUGCCGUCUACCAGGUGGCCCUGCUGCUGCUGGUGGCUGUGGUGCCCACCAUCCAGAAGGUGAGGGCAGGGAUCACCACGGAUGUCUCCUACCUGCUGGCCGGCUUUGGGGUCGUGCUCUCGGAGGACAAGCAGGAGGUGGUGGAGCUGGUGAAGCACCACCUGUGGGCUCUGGAAGUUUGUUACAUUUUGGCCUUGGUCCUGUCUUGCUCACUCACCUUCCUCGUGCUGAUCCGCUCGCUGGUGACACACAGGGCCAACCUUCGAGCUCUGCACCAAGGGGCUGCGCUGAGCCUGGGUGCCCUGCCCCGGAGCCCCCACCUCUCCCGCCAGGCCGUGUUCUGUUGGAUGAGCUUCAGCGCCUACCAGGCCGCUCUCACCUGCCUCGGGCUCCUGGUGCAGCAGAUCAUCUUCUUCCUGGGGACCAUGGCCCUCGCGUUCCUGGUGUUCAUGCCCAUGCUCCAUGGCAGCAAUCUCCUGCUCCUCCGAUCCCUGGAGUCCUCUUGGCCCUUUUGGCUGACCUUGGCCUCGGCUGUGAUCCUACAGAACUUAGCGGCCCACUGGGUGUUCCUGGAGAAUCGCCAUGGACGGCCAGAGUUGACCAACCGGCGAACCCUCUACGCAGCCACCUUUCUUCUCUUCCCCAUCAACGUGCUGGUGGGCGGUGUGGUGGCCACCUGGCGAAUGCUCCUCUCUGCCCUCUACAACGCUGUCCAUCUUGGCCAGAUGGACCUCAGCCUGCUGCCACCCAGGGCCGCAACUCUGGACCCUGGCUACCGCACAUACUGCAACUUCUUGAAGAUCGAGGUCAGCCAGUCGCAUCCAGUCAUGACGGCUUUCUGCGCUCUGCUCCUGCGCACACAGAGGCCUUGCUCUCCUGCAGCCCCCCGGGGCGGCCUCGGACUCGGGGAGGAAGAAGAAGGGAUUCAGCUGCUGCAAACCAGGGACAGUGUGGCCAAGGGAGCAGGGCUCCGGGCUCGCCAAGGCAGGGCCCGCUGGGGUCUGGCCUACACCCUCCUGCAAAACCCAGCCCUACAGGCCUUCCGGAAGACAGCCCUGUCAGCUGCGCGGGCCAAUGGUGCCCAGGCCUGAUGGUGGGAAGGCCGAGCCACCGCGUCCUGGUCUGUGCUGGGGGCUUCCGUCUCUCCCAGCCCACUCCUUCCCUGGCUUUCCAAGCAUCACCCGGGCCUUGGCAGCCUCUCUGCGUAGCAGCAGCUCUGCCAGCCGAUCCCCAGAUCAGGGCCCCAGAGACCAGCUCAGAGGCCAGAGGCCACGGCUGGGUGGAGGUCUUCCCCCUGCUUGGCAACCAGGAGCUUCGGGGGGGCUCUGGUCUGCCCCCUUGGCCUCAGGAAGCCAGCGAGCACUGUGGAGAGGGCAGCUGCUGAUUUAGACCCUUGGUCCAAGAGCCAGUGGGACCAGGGCGGCCACGCCCAGGCACUUGCCCCUGCGGGCUCUGCCGCCGGCCUCAGGGCCCCACUGAAGCCUUCUCCUGGCUGGGGCUGGUGAUUCGGGCUGGGACAGCCUUGCCUUCCAGCUCACCCCACCUCGGCCUCGGACUUUGCCACCAUGGAGCUAGACACACUGCUUCCUCUCUUCUCCCCGUCCCCUCUUCUGGGGCCUCGUGGCCUGCAAGGCAGCCCAGGAAGAAGGCAUGGGCUCCUACCAGGCAGCAAAGUCACGGCUCAAACCAGGCCCCAUGCUGAGCUGCCACACUCGAGAGCCUGAUAUUUUUGCAGUUGAUGUGCCUUUAGAUAUUAUGAAAGAGGUUAGUGUGUUCCCUGUAAUAAACUGGUCCCUGGGAAA